GACCCCACUGUGAUUCCCCAUCUAAUGUCUCUACUGAGCCGCUCACAGAGAACGCAGGAGUACAUCACGCAGAUCUUCUCCCACUGUUGUAAGACUCCGGAGCACCAGACGGUUCUUUUUAACCACGGCGCCAUCCAGAACAUCGCCCCUCUACUCAUCUCGCCCUCUUAUAAGGUCCGGAUGCAGGCGUUAAAGUGUUUCUCGGUCCUGGCCUACGAGAACACUCAGGUCUCCAUGACACUGGUGAAUGUGCUGGUGGACGGCGAGCUGCUCUCUCAGGUAUUUGUCAAAAUGAUGCAAAGGGAUCAACCCAUUGAAAUGCAGCUAACAGCAGCCAAAUGUCUAACGUACAUGUGUCGAGCGGGCGCCAUCAGGACGGACGACAGCUGUAUAGUCCUUAAGACUCUGCCGUGCCUCGUGCGAAUGUGCAGUAAAGAGCACCUGCUCGAGGAGCGAGUGGAGGGUGCGGAGACGCUGGCCUACCUGAUGGAGCCUGACGUGGAGCUGCAGAGGAUCGCGAGCACCACCGACCACCUGGUGGCCAUGCUGGCCGACUACUUUAAAUACCCGAGCUCUGUGUCGGCCAUCACCGACAUCAAGAGGCUGGACCAUGACCUGAAACACGCACACGAGCUGAGACAAGCCGCUUUCAAACUUUACGCCUCGCUGGGCUCCAACGACGAGGACAUCCGCAAAAAGAUCACAGAGACGGAGAACAUGAUGGACCGGAUAGUCAGCGGCCUAUCAGAAUCCAGCAUUAAAGUCCGCUUGGCGGCCGUCAGGUACGAAACGAGUCUUUAGUGACACGAAAGUUUUAAAAAUAAUUCUAU